AUGUAUCUUCUUGCAACUACACUAGUUACCAUCUCCCUUUACACCUCUCUCGUAACAAGCGGACCCCUUCAAUCACUUGAGCCGCGAAAUAAAGCUGAUGGCUGCACGGCUCCAGUGAAUUGCUGGAGCUUGUACAUGCGCUGGGAUAUGGAUCCUAAAGCCGAAAGGAAAGAUUUCGCGUUGGUUCUUAUGAGAAAGCCCAAAGAUCUUGAAAUUGUCGACAGAGAUUGCAAUAUUGUCAAAAAUUCCAUGGAGCAGCCGGAUCCCAACGGACCAAUCACCGUUAAGAUGGAGGGAAAAAAUCCCAGCGAUUUGAUUAUUACUGGAGCUACUGGCUAUGGUAAACCCGUGUUCAAAUAUAAUAACGUCGAGUAUGGCAGAGAUGAUUGCGGAUGGAAAACGGGACCUGAUUGGUCUUCAUACAAUUGUCACUUUCUCUUUAACGACUGA